CCACAAUUACAAAUAGUGUAAUUAAAAGGGGCCAAUUCACAAAUCGUUGCCUUCUCAUAUCAGUCUUCUCUCUUCCAAUCUGUGCAUCUCCAAUUCCUCAAUCCUCUCCUUUUUUUUUUCUUCCCAUUUUCUCCUGAAACUUGUACAAGCAACCCCUUUCUUCUUCUCAUUCUUCUUCUUCUUCUUCUUCAUCAUCUUCCUCUUCCCAUCACUUCCCCUUUCUUUCAAAAGUAACAGAAGAAUCAUGUCUUCCCCGAGCAAGCGCAGAGAAAUGGACUUGAUGAAACUGAUGAUGAGUGACUACAAGGUGGAGAUGAUAAAUGAUGGGAUGCAGGAGUUCUUUGUUCAUUUCCAUGGACCUAAAGAGAGUCCUUACGAAGGCGGCGUUUGGAAAGUGAGGGUGGAACUUCCGGUCUCUUAUCCUUAUAAAUCUCCAUCCAUUGGCUUUGUCAAUAAAAUCUACCACCCAAAUGUUGAUGAGAUCUCGGGAUCAGUUUGUUUGGAUGUCAUCAAUCAGACUUGGAGCCCCAUGUUUGAUCUGGUAAAUGUCUUUGAAGUGUUUCUCCCACAACUUCUGCUGUAUCCUAACCCAGCAGACCCCCUAAAUGGGGAGGCAGCUGCCCUGAUGAUGCGCGAUCGUCCUGCAUAUGAACAGAAAGUUAAAGAAUACUGCGAGAAAUAUGCCAAACCAGAAGACAUUGGGGAUGCACCGGAUGACGACGACGACGAGAUGUCCGAUGACGAAGAGGAGCCGAGUGACAAUGAAUACGACUCAAGCGACGAUGCAGUUGCGGGACCAGUAGAUCCUUAGCCUCUCUGCUAAACAAUAAUCUUAUUCUCCCCAAACAGGGACCAUAGAAUAUGGAACAUAUUCUUGUGUGACAAUACCAUCAUGUCUGUACAUUAUGUUGUUCUUAUAUGUCAUAAAAAAAAAGAAGAAAAAAGAGAGGUCACCCUGAACAAUUAUUAGGGUCCAGACCUCUUAUGUGCAUGUAAAUAGAGUUCUUCUGGUUUCCUGCAUUUGUGUGUGCCCAAGGAGAUGUCACACUUUAUCACAUGUUCAAUUUAUACACUUUAUAUUAUAAAUCUAAUGGAUUUAU